UCCACCUCUUGCAGAAUUCAUGUAUAUACAAAAGUUGUCAUGGGCCGACAAACAUUGGAUAAAUCUUGGUUGGAUACGCAUACGGGAGGCCUUAUUUGAUGUCAUCGUUUGACAACUUGUGAAAAUCAUUUACCUGUGCGAGAGCUGAAGGAUUGAGAUUUGACGUCACCUGCGUCCUAAGAUCGACGAGAUCAGGGUCGUUUGUUUUGGGGGCCAUUAUCCGUCACGGCGCGUGCUAUAAAGCGGACCUGGGGCUUCUCGAAAAUAAAACAACAACAUCACAGCCAGGAUUAAUCAUACAAUCAAGCCUGUAUUCUUUCUCCCUGAGCGGGGAAUAAUUCCAAUCAGCCUACAAUCCGAUCCCCCAAAUUCUCAAAAUGGUUGGCAAAGUCACUGCCACGAUGGCCGCCCUAAUGAUGGCUGCGGUUUCCCGCGCAUGGGAAGAUGGCGUUGACUGUACCAGCACGUCAGUUGACGCUGCGGAGGGGCUCCUCUAUGUCCACGACUCCUCCGGACUCGAUGUCUACUGCGAUGAUAUUGACGACAUCGUUAGCGCCGACAAUGGUUACUCGUGCUACCGAACAACCUCCGACUCCUCGUCCCUCGGAGACAUAGUCAAAUGCCCCGGCGACCCCGCGCCAAAGAAAAACCCCGAUGGCUCGGACGUGGACGCGGAAAUCGCCAGCGGGGUCGUGUCCGCAUACUGCAAUUCCGCAGGGGACCCCCUGGUGUUCGUCAAUACCAUCGGCUGUCUCCUGUUCGCGUACUACGAGGCGAACGGGGAUCCCGUGGCCGAGGCGGAGGCUGGCGGGCGCGCGGUUUGCGAUACGAUCUUCAGCGGGGCGUGUACGUAUUUCAUUGAUGUGGCCCCGGCGAUUGCGGAGGGGAUGGAUAAGCCGUGUAUUGAUGAUCCGGGGUCCAAUGCUUGUGCCUUUGCCAACCCCGGUAAAUAAGGGUGCGUGGGGAGAACUAUAAGGAAGGGACCAUGGGGGUUGGUUCUGAGAGGCGCUGCCACAGGAUCACCGAAAAAAAGCGAUACGAUUUGAGAGAGAUGAUUAUGGAUGCUUCUAUUGCUGCCGUGUGUACACAGAGGAGUCUAAUAAAGCCACUUGUUUCCACUCGCAGGCCCUGUCUUUAACUAGUUUAUGGCAAUAUCCACUACAAGCAAGUUCAUACCGCGUAAAACCGCUGGUCUCAUAGUGG